CUGACCGGCCUCUGUUUGCGGACACCCACACACACCACUCCCUCUGCCUUUCGACUUCAUGAAGAUUCUUCUCACCGGUGAUGUGAUGAAUAAAUUUGAGGUCCUUGGGAUUGUAGGAGAGGGAGCCUAUGGGGUGGUUCUAAAAUGCAGACACAAGGAAACAAAAGAACUUGUGGCCAUAAAGAAGUUCAAAGAUAGUGAAGAAAAUGAGGAGGUCAAGGAGACGACGCUGCGGGAGCUGAAGAUGCUCCGCACGCUGAAGCAGGAGAACAUCGUUGAGCUGAAGGAAGCUUUUCGACGCCGUGGGAAACUGUACCUGGUGUUCGAAUAUGUAGAAAAGAACAUGCUGGAGCUGCUGGAAGAAAUGCCAAAUGGUGCACCACCUGAUAAAGUACGCAACUACAUUUAUCAGCUGAUCAGGGCGAUAAACUGGUGCCAUAAGAAUGAGAUCGUACACAGAGACAUAAAGCCUGAAAAUCUCCUCAUCAGCAACAAUGACAUCCUCAAGCUGUGUGAUUUCGGCUUUGCCCGCAAUCUCUCUGAAGGCAGUGAUGCUAAUUACACUGAAUAUGUGGCCACCAGAUGGUAUCGAUCUCCCGAGCUGCUUCUUGGGGCUCCAUACGGAAAGGCAGUGGAUAUGUGGUCAGUAGGAUGUAUCCUGGGCGAGCUGAGUGAUGGACAGCCUUUGUUUCCGGGUGAGAGCGAGAUCGACCAGCUCUUCACCAUUCAGAAAGUGCUGGGACCGUUGCCGCCCGAACAAAUGAAGCUUUUCUACAGCAAUUCCCGCUUCGCCGGCCUUCGGUUUCCCACAGUCAGUCAUCCUCAGACCUUGGAAAGGAGGUACCUGGGCAUCAUUAAUGGCCUCAUGCUGGAUCUUAUGAAGAACCUGCUGCUGUUGAACCCGUCUGAGAGAUUUCUGACCGAGCAGUGUUUAAACCACCACGUGUUUCAAGUGCUAAGAGUCCUAGAACGUCCAGCGCCUCCUUCGCCCACCCCACCUCGCUCCUCCAAGAGGAAACAAUAUCAUGGGGACAACACCAUCCCCAGCCGCAGUAAGAGCUCCAGUCAUCGGCGCGCCAACAACAAAGACUGCUCCUCCCUGCCACGCCACGAGGACCUGCGGCGUAGCACAGAAGGCUUUCUGAACGGUGGUGGCAUUCCGAUGGGGUCCAGUCUGAGUCCCGUGCUUCAUCCCAAGAGCUAUCAAAGCCAGACACUAAGCCGCUCAAUCUCCUGCAGCAAAGAGCUGGCCAACAACAACCUACCCCACCUCCUAAGCCCCAAAGAUGUUAAGGGCAAGACAGAGUUUGACUUCACUUUGGGGCCCAAAUCCACAGCAGGGGUGGAUGUCUCAACCGGCAAGUACCUCAAAUCAUCAAAAUCGAACCGCCAGCCUACGUCGUCCUACGUGGAGGGCAAGACGAGCACCCUGCAGUCGAGCGACAAACACGGGCGGCACGGCUACAUGGAGACCUCCCACGGCUCCAUGCCGUCGUCGUCUUCUUCCAAGAGCACCUCUUCUUUCCUCAGCCUGUCCAAGAGCCACGGCGCACUGAGCGACGCCAAGUCUGUCAGCAACCUAGCCGAGUCACGGCUUCACCUGGACGAAACGGCGCCCGCCUCGGGAUCUAAUUCCCGCUACUUUCCGACCAGCUGCUUGGACCUGAACGCGCCACCCAACAGCCCUCGAGCGGAGCGUCAUUCCGGCUCAGACCGCCAGGGUCACAGCCCAUCGGGGCGCAACAACCCCCGUAUGGAAGGUGGAACCCUGGACUCGCAUCACUCCUCGGGACGUAAGAAGACCUCCGAGGAACCAAAAGUGCCAGACGCUCUGGACCCGGCCAGGGGAGCAGGAGGUGGACACAAUCAUUCGCUUUCGGCCCCGCACGAGUCCGUCCCGUACGGUCUGGGCUACACCAGUCCAUUCUCAUCCCAGCAGCGCCCACACAGGCACUCCAUGUACGUGCGACGUGAGCGACACAAGACCCACGGUCAGGAGGCGGGACUGACGGUGGGCCCCGGGGCGCCCUCGAGAGCCAGUAGCCUCCAGCUGCUUUCCCCACAGCUGAUGCACCGCACGUUACCGCGUCACCCAAACAGCUCCUCAAGAGAAGAACUCAGCCAGGAUCUCAGCAGGAAUGAACAGUCUCCUAAAGAGAAGUCUCACGCUCAUGGUCCAAUGAAAGACUCAACAAGGGAUAACACUGUGCCGUUCCACUCACAGCGACCUAAAAAUGAGGUGGGGAUGUAUCAUGAUCCACAUGUGGAGGAUGGGUCCAAGGAGAACAGGAUCAUUUAUAGUGAUUCCAUGCCUCGCAGAGUGGGCAGCUUCUACAGAGUUCCGUCUCCUCGACCAGACAAUUCGUUCCAUGACAGUGCAGCCCAGAGCAGAGUUUCAGCCGUACCUACAGACAGUGCUACUCUGGCCAGUCACUCAAAACGCCAGACAAACUUCGACCCUUGGAAUAACUCUGAGGCAAUGGCUAUAAACCCACCCGAGGUUCCCAAACAGAAGGAAAAACAGGGUUUCUUUAGAGCAAUAAAGAAGAAAAAGAAGAAAUCACAACCGACGGAGGGCUGCGAGGGAAGGAACCCGAGCAUCAAGAAAAGCCUUUUCCCCCUCUUUAACUCAAAGAAUAACUUAAAGCAUAACUCUUCUGUGCUUCCUGUCCUUGCUCAGCCCAUGGUUGCGGCCGAAGGUCAGCAGGACCCGCUGGUGCUCCAGAGACCAGUCAAAUCCUCGUCUCACCACAGCAGUCAUCACCGGACCAGGGACAGAGAUCGAGACAGGGACAGGGACCGGGAACGGGACAGGAACCGGGAGCGAGGUCACGAUCGAGAGAGAGACGGGGACAACACCUGGCCUAUAGAAAAACAUGCAAACGUGCAACCACAGAACCAGCCUCUGAGGUCUCUGCGGAAGUUGCUGCACCUGUCCUCUCCGCCCUCCACCUCGGCCCCCCCAAGUCAGCCACCCCCUCCUCCUCCUCCAGAUCGCUCAUCCGAAUUGCGCUUCCAGCCCAUAGUCAACCCGCCGCCCAAAGCACCGCCCCCCGCUAUGCCUGAAGUGCGGGGCAUUCCGGUGGGCAGCAUCACCCCUAACACCAAGAGCCGCAAACCACACAACUACCCCAUGCCGGGGCAGAUAGAGUCCGGCUGGCAUGCCAGUGCUCCCUUCCCUGAUCAGAUGGUUAGCAAAGGUGGGCAGAAUGGCAUCGGGUUUGCUAGGGCUCCUCGUGCUCGAAUGCCAAACCUCAAUGACCUCAAAGAGACUGCUUUGUAGGGGACAUUUAUGGAUGAGAUAU